CAUGUCUAGAAUUGAUUUUAUUUAGGUUUGGAUUGCUCUGCCCUCAAUUCUAUCUAUCUUUGGUUCUACAUAUUGUUUUCCCAUAUUUUCUGGUCAUCACCUCCAUUUUCCACUACCUUUUCAUCUCUUGUCUUCCUCAAUCUUUCCCAAGUCCUGUUUGUUGGCCUAGAGACAUAUCUUCAAAACUUGUAAGCAAAUAAUAUUUAAGGUAUCACGGCCAAGAACACUGAACAUCAGAUGAUUUCACACGCUGGACCAAAGGACAUGAUGGAAAGAAAACCCCAAAAUCCCCAUCUUGCAUCUAUAUCCAAGUCAGCAGCAGAAAAUGGAAGACCAAGCAGCAUGGUUAUUAAGAAAACACAUACUGUUAUUCCUGCACACAUAGUAGCCGAAGCCAUAUCGAAACUCCAUGGAGAGGGUCUUGAUCUAAGAUGGUCAGGUCCAAUUACACCAGCAGAGAUGCAAUACGUUGAACAGUAUGUCUUGGCAAAAUACCCUCAGUAUGCUGGCCUUGUUGAAGGAGAAAUGAUAGAUCUCUCCAGUCUUUGUGUCAACGAAGAAUCUCCUGAAUCACCAGAUGACAAGCGAAAAUCUUCAAGGGGCAAUUUUAGGGAGUCCACACCCUCCUUUGGGAGCAAUCAUCCUGACCUGGAUAGGACUCAAUUGGAGCCGUCAAGACUUCUAGAUAUCCUCACCAAGAAAUCCUCCUUUCCUGGAAGUUUCAUCUCAAUUCCCGAAAUUCAAGCUCGGAACAAAGUUUUCAAGUACUGUGGGCUGCCUGAUAAUGAGUACCUUGUUCUGUUCAAUUCAAAUUACAAGGAUGCCAUGAUGUUAGUAGGAGAGAGUUAUCCCUUCUUUCGAGGGAACUUCUAUAUGAGCAUCCUCGGGGAAGGAAUGGAUUGCAUACGGGAGUUUGCCAGUUACAAGGAAGCAAAAGUAAUCUUGGCACCUGAGUCUUGGUUGGAUUUGAGGAUCAAGGGAUCACAACUUAGCCAAUAUUUUAGGAGGAAGUGUAAGCGGAGCCCAAAAGGGUUAUUCUCUUAUCCAGCUGAAGUGAAUGAGACACGGUAUUCUAUGCACUGGAUUUCAGAAGCUCAUAGGAAUUCAUGGCAUGUUCUGCUUGAUGCUACUUCUUUAGUUACAGGCAAGAAUCGGUUGAAUAUUGCACUUCAUCGGCCAGACUUUGUGUUGUAUAGUCUAGAGAACAAGCAUGCUCGUCCUUCAAGCAUAACUUGUCUUCUGGUGAGGAAGAAAUCCUUUGAUACUACAACAGCUUCAUCUCAGGUCGAGUGAAAAGGAGGUGGCUCUUUGUGAAUGCAUAAGAUCUUUAAAAUAGUUGAGCAAUAUCUGCCUGUCUGCAUUUAAGAGUAUCAAAGAAAUAAAAAGAUUUUGGUAAGGAAUAACCUGUUAAAUGAAUGCAUCAAAUCAUG